AUGUUGGUUUCCAUUUCGUCGCUGCUCACAGACCACAGGCCACAAUCCACAACCCACCCGAAUCCACUCGGUUGUAUGUAUUUCGUACUUGGUAGCACAAUCUCUGUCGCGGGCGGAGAAUAUUCUGGUAGCAGAGCCCCGUCACGGACGCCGGGGCUAGUGUUGUGUUCAAGACGCCGGGCUCAGAAGUCCCCGAGGCGUCCAUGCUGUUUUCGUCCACCUGGAUCGACUCUAGUGCAAGCAUUCCCUCAACUCCGCCCGAGUCAGGGUCCCACACUCGCGGAGUCUAGAUCGCGGGCACCACACGGCAAGUCCCUCUUCAAUGUCUCCCCCUUGGCCGGCACCAUGAAAGGCGGCCUCUGCUUUCUUUGUUCUCUGUCCGUCGGAAGAGGACACGGACAAGUUACGGGAACGCGUCCAGACAACCGGCUGCUCCUUGCCCGAUGCAGUCGAGUCUCAAUCGCAAUUGUCAUUCCUCAGCUGCCGUGCCGAGACGGCCCCGGCGUUGGCGAUGACGGAUCCGACAGUGCACAAUGGCUUCGGGAGACGGCAGUGCUCGUACUGCUUCCUUACGGUACGCAUAGUCUCUGGCCAUGGUCAGCGAACAUGUAUGCACAAACGAGGUACCCCACGCAUCUACACUAG